AAAUCUGGGAGAAUCGGUGCUUUAGUUAUUUCCCCCCAUGACCCCAUCAUCAAAUAAUCCAUUUCAGUAUAUUACUCCGUAUUCCAGAGUACCCUAUAUAAUUAAGAUAAGAAAUUAGCGUCUGUUCCAGAUAUAAUUUCCAAAUAAUUGAAGCAAGCAGCCAUGGCCGCCGGAGAUUCAUCUUCUUCCUCCAACAACUCUGUUUAUCAUGACGGAACUGGAGAAUCUCGUGAGCUUACUCCUCUGCAAAAACAUGUAAUAUUUUUUGAUAUCAACCGGGAUGGAAUCAUUUAUCCAAGGGAAACAUAUCAAGGUUUUAGAAAAAUUGGAUGUGGGGUGCCUCUAUCAAUUAUAGCAGCCGUCUUUAUUAAUCUUGGGCUCAGUAAAAAAACUCGUCCGGGGAAGUGGCCAUCCCUUCUCUUCCCUAUUGAGGUGGAAAACAUCAAGUUGGCGAAGCAUACUAGUGAUUCCGGUGUCUAUGAUUCCGAAGGAAGGUUUGUUUUAUCGAAAUUUGAGGAAAUAUUCAAGAAACAUGCCCGAUUGAGUGCAAAUGGUCUGACAUCAAAAGAAUUGGAUGAAUUUCUUAAGGCAAAUAGACAACCAAAAGAUUAUAAAGGAUGGAUUGCUGCAUUGGCAGAGUGGAAGGUACUAUAUUUGGUAGCUAAAGACAAGGAUGGCAUUGUGUCCAAAGAAGCUAUAAGAGGAGUUUAUGAUGGCAGCCUUUUCCAGAUAUUGGCAGAAGAGCAUGCAUCGAAGAAGAAGCGUGUGUAAUUUACUUGUAAUUAAAUGUUUGAAUGUAAUAAUACAAAGUGUGACAAGCAUGCCGAUAGUGUCCGUGUUAUUUGUUAUUCAAUUCUUACCAAUUCGUUGAGUUGAACCUAAUACAGCUUAUUAAUUACAUAUUCACUAUUCCUUGUACGGGUUUUUUUAUUCAUUCAAUUCGAUCUCCCUGAGUUUUGUCCGACU